GGUAAGGAUCGUAAAUGAGAGAUAGUCCCGAGGCAGCCUCUCGUCAACCGUUGCGUCCAGAUCCUAGCAGAAACCUUCCCACUCUUGCACUCAGGGGCUUCCAUAGAACUCGUAGCCCCCGAAAAGCUCUUCAUCGAUCCGCGCGGGUACACUUUGUUUUCACUUCGCCAGCUCCUCGAUGGAACUGCUGUAUUUGUGGUGGCAAGGCUGAGAUAGGGCUCGCGCGCGAGGGACGUUCUUGGUUGGUGUUGUCUGAUGCUCGAAUGGAGUUCGACUGCGUAGGUCGGCAGUUGACCCCUCUGUCUUGGGGAUCUUGUCGUCCGCAAUCUUGUGCUGGCCCGGUGGAUUGCCAUGUGAAUGUCGUCGCUCCAGGGGACAUGUUCCCUGAUCAACGGUGGAGACGGAUCCGAUGGAGAACAGCCUGGACUUUGGCGACACAGCGAAUUGAGCUUUCAGAUCGUCCUCUUCAAUAUACAUGGACCAGAGCACGUUGCUAUUCUUCCGGGCCCAGUCACUCUGCUUGCGCUCGGAGAUUCCGCUUUGACUCUUGGGUGCGUCGGAUGCAUGUGUACUGGCUCCCUUGGCCCUCACUUGUUUCCAGAUUCUGCCUAACAGGAAGACCAUACUGCCGAAUAGAAGCGUCGAGAUCACCGAGAGGACAAUAAUUGCAGCGAUGAGGGACUCGGAAGGUAGGGCGCGUGAGACAAGCCGCCGGGGUGAAAAGGUAUUGCCAUCGGCAUUUGCGCCGCUAGAAGAGAUCGGCGCCAUUGAAGAUAGCUAAUGAGUGAAUCUCUUUUACGCGAUUGUGGAAAGAACGUCUUGCCGGGACAGAAGCGGCUACGGAAAGGAACACGUGCAAAGCAAAGGAGGGUUGGAAGAAAAAGAAAUGAG